CCACGUCUGACACGCUCUUAAGAGGAGUUUUUGUCUUGAUUGUACUUUCCCUAUUUUUAUCUAUUUUAUCAACAAUUUGUAUCGCUUGAUUCGCUUACGAUUGUAUUUAAGUGCCUCAGAAGAAAACCAAAGUUAAGAUGUUUACUAAACGAAUGCCUAGCAGCAAGGAACGAAGACUGCGUCUACUGGAAGAAGACAAUCAUCUGGCAGACUGUGAAUUUCUAGUCGGUGAUCAAGCUUCCGAAGAACCACAUCUUUUUCGCUGUCAUAAGAUGAUUUUGGGGACUGCAUCUGAAGUCUUUGAACGUAUGUUCUAUAGCGAUUUUGUUGUUGUUGGGCCGGUGAGGGUUACAGAAGUAAGCCCAGCCAGUUUUAAACGUUUUCUGCGCUACGUUUACGUAUAUGAAAUUGAAGUGGAUCCUUUAUUGUCACUUAAUGAGCUGGGUGAAUUAUUUUAUUUAGCGGAUAAAUACAUGAUGCAGGAUUUGACCGAUGCUUUGGUGGAGCAUUUAAAACGAAAGCAUAAUUGGACAUCGGGCGAGGUGUUGCCCAUGUAUGAAUUGGCGUGUCUUCAUGAAAACCUGCCUUUACUAUUGCUUUGUUACGCGGAGAUUUCUAAAUUUGCCGAAAAUCUUCUCUCUGUGGACUCGUUCUAUCGAUUAAAUGUUAAUAAUCUGAAACGACUAGUAAUAGUAUUAUCCCAGCAAUCUCACAUAUCUACAAAAUUAAUUUUACAACAAUUGGAGGAAUAUGGUCGGCGUAAUAAUUUGCAUAAAAAUUGUGAGUCUGAGGAAUUCUUUAAACUGGUAGAUGCGGCCUGUCAACUAGAUUUAAACAAAUUAUCAAGAGCGGAUUUCGAAGCGGGUCCUGCCGUGUCAUAUUUGUUUAAUAAGAAGGAAGCAAAAUAGAUACUGCAUAUUCUACAAAAUAUAUUUUCGAAUGUUUUGCGCUAUAUCGUUAUAGUUUAAUAAGUACAUAUAUGUAGGUUUGCAUAGUAUGCAUGUAUACACUCACAUAGAUACUUAUACAUAAUUAUAAUUGUUUAUGGAGGCAACAGUGAUGUUUUAAAUAUAAUUCCUAUACACAGACACCACAAAUUUGUAUUGCUUUUCUUGUACGAGUUAAAAAAGGAAGUAACUGCCUAGUGCACAGAUA